AGUCCCAGCGCUGACACCGUCUCCACACCUUCUCUCAUCGGCUGUCAGGUUGAAAAUAAACACAGGCAUUGUUGCAGUCUCAGAAGCUUCUUUCUCCAGAUGUAAGGUCUUAAAUAAAGGAAGGACCCAGGCCACAUUCACAAUGAAUCAACAACUCUCUCAAGCACUGACCGACAUGCUGUCCAAGCUCGGAUUGGAAGAAUAUUAUCCCAACAAGCUCACUCUUCGUUCUCUACUGGAAAUCAACAAAGACAGCAUAUAUGUAAAUCCCCCUUCAUUACCCACAGAUAUACCAUGGUAUUUUCUGAGAAAUCUGCUCCAGAUUAAUGCUGACAGCAGAAAAUGUAUUCAGUUAGCAGACACUGAUAGUGAAAGCGAUGAUCCCUUUGGCUUAGACCUUUAUACUGAAGAAAACAAUAAGGUUAAUAUUCUUGACCUCAUUGUGGCACUGUUCCUCUGUGCUGACAGUUUCUUACAACAAGAAAUGGCACUCAAGAUGUCAAUGUGCCAGUUUUCUGUCCCGCUCUUGUUGCCACAUUGUUAUGACAGUCAAUGCAGCCUGAUGCUUUGGGCCUUGAGAGACAUUGUCAAAGAGUGGCGUACACCUAAGUUAUCUGAAUCAAAAGAUUUUGCGGAAGCCAGUAUCGUCCAAGCAGAUGCACCAUUCUACUGUUUUGUGAGACUGAAAAACAACAGUUUAUCAAAAUCCCUUUUGCUCAAUCAUGUGAUGAAUCAUGGCCAACAGAACACAAAAAUCUUCAUGGACAGAGAAAUGGAGGGAGGCACACAUCAUAGAGAGAUUGCAAACGGUCUGGUUGAGAUGAGCUGUUAUCUUCCCUGUGGAAGAAAAACUGAUGAAAUUUUUCAGAAGCCAGUGAUCUUUGCUAAUUUACGAGGAGACAUUUGUGAAUCACCGACACAAUUUGCCUUUCUAUAUGAAGUGUCAAUAGCUGUCUUUGUCCUAAUGGACAAAAUCCAAGAAGAUGAGCUGAAGAUUUUAAUGUCUUUACAUGAUGCAAAAUCAAAACUAUUCUUUGUGUUCACGCAAAACAAAAAUGCAAUAGAAGAUACUAUGUCUGUUAAGACAGCGGUGGAAAAAUUGGAACUGCCAAAAAACCAUUUGGUCUCUAAAAAACAGAAUGUAAAUGUUAAAGAGUUUUCCAAGACACUUUGUGUAACCAUUAACAGUUCACUAGAAUGUGUUUCUAACCGGAUGUGCAUUGCAAACAUGACAGAGACAGCGAUUAAACUUGGUUUGUCUGUGGAUGAACAAAGGAGUGCUGCACAACAGAAUGCAGCUGAGAGCAUCAGAGAAGGAAUUGGGUUACGAAAAAUACCGGACUACAAGAAACAGCAACUGCGUUUGCAGGGAGAAAAUUGGAGAAAACUUUCAAAGUUAGAAAAGGAGGAAUGUAGACUGAACAAUGCUGGUGAUUCUGGACUUGAACAUUACAAGUCAAAGUUACGGAAAGAGAAACAAGAGAUCAGAAAGAAACAAAGUCAAUACACACUGUCGAAAGCAAUGAAGAUUUUUAUCGACAGUUUAUCUACAAGUGACAAAGAAAAUAGAGAUUUAUUUCUAAAAUGGAUGAAACUUAAACUUGACUCACACUCAAGAAUCAAACUCUCUGAACUGAGAAACCAAUUAAAGAGGGAACAAGAAAAGAAAAAUGCAGAACGUGUUGCUGAAUUAGAUCAAGCUCUGCUGGAAAGCUCUUUAGGAAUCGAGCAUUUCAUGAGAGAGAUGGGACUGAUCUAUGAGUUUUCAGAAGAAACCACAGGGGAAAUCUCUCGUCUCCCUCAACUGGCUGCUGAAAUGGUGAUGGAUGGACAUCCUUUAGAGCUUUUAGAUGGAGAUGCUUCCAACAUCCCAGAAAUGUGGGUGUCUGCUGUCCUUAACGAGGUCCAUAAGAAAGUUGGAAACAGGAGCAGAUUGUUGGUUCUGACAGUUCUGGGUGUUCAAAGUUCUGGGAAGUCGACGCUCCUCAACACCAUGUUUGGUGUCCAGUUUCCAGUCAGCAGUGGCAGAUGUACAAGAGGCGCUUACAUGAUCUUCCUCAGAAUUCAAGAGGAUUUGAAAAAUGAACUGAAUUAUGAUUUCAUAGUUCUCAUCGACACGGAAGGUCUAAAGUCUCCUCAGAUGGCUCAACUUGAGGACAGUUAUGAACAUGACAACCAGUUGGCAACAUUCGUCAUUGGUUUAAGUGACAUUGCCAUCAUCAAUAUAGCAAUGGAAAAUGUAAUUGAAAUGAAAGAUAUUCUGCAAAUUGCAGUUCAUGCAUUCUUGAGAAUGAAAGAAGUUGGAAAAAAACCAGUUUGUCAUUUUGUGCAUCAGAACGUUGGGGCAGUUUCAGCUCCUUCCAAAGGCAUGAUUGACAAAAAACUUCUCUUGGACCAGCUCAAUGAAAUGACUCAGAUUGCAUCUGAAAUGGAAAAACUACCAACUAUUAAACGGUUCACUGAUGUCCUGGACUAUGAUAUGGAAAAAAACAACUGGUACAUUCCAGGUCUCUGGCAUGGCACUCCACCAAUGGCUCCAGUAAACACUGGUUACAGCGAAGCUGUGGCUGAGUUCAAGAACAGUCUUCUCAGGUCAGAUGAAGAAUAUAAAAGUAUGGAUGAGACGUUCAUCCCAGACUUUCUAGAAUGGAUGAAGAGUCUUUGGAAAGCAGUAAAAUAUGAAAACUUUAUCUUUAGCUUCAGAAACACUCUUGAGGCUAAUGCCUAUGACAACCUGUGGAAAGAAUUCAAUGAGUGGGAAUGGGAGUUCAGAAGACAGAUUCUUACCUGGAAGUCAGAAGCAGAGACAGAAAUCCGCAAUGCUAACACCGAAAGUGACCAGGAUUUAUUUCAGCUGGUGGGCUCAAAAAAAGACGAGCUUUUAAAAAAUAUAGAAACCCAACAAAAAGAAAUGAGAAAAAAGCUUUUGGAUUACUAUAAAAGAAAAGAUGUACAUGCAUAUUUGAUAGAGAAAUACAGACAGUAUUUUCUCAACAAUAUCAAAUCUCUGGCAACAGAAGUCCAAUUAUCAACAAGCCAUGAACUAGAUUGUGCAGGCAAGUUGCAUAAAAGUUUCAAAAUGGUUCAGGAUCUUCACAAACAAUCCAAAAGCCUAUUUGAAACACAUGUGGAGGAUCUCCUGAAAAAGUGCAGAGAGUCUGAACUGUCUGAAGAAGAGCUGACAGAGGAGUUUGACAAGAUGUGGGCCAAAGUGACUGAAAAUAUAUCUGACUUAAAAGAGCAAGAUAUUUCUAAUGGAGUCAAGCGUCUGUUGAAAGACAGUUUCUCAAACCGAAAUGUCAAUGAGGAUUUUCAAAACAUUGGAGACCUGAUGGAAACUGAAAAAAGCAAUUCUGAAGCAAAAACUGAACCUCUAAAAUCAGCACGAAAAUUCAAGUGGUUUCAGAAAAAAGACCACAAAGAUAAGGACAAGAGUGACCUGAAGGAAAUUGAAGAAAGCAAUUUCAAAGCAAAACUAAACAUCUAAAAACAUCUAAAUUAAAUAUCUUCUUUGAGAAGAAAAACUUAAAAAGAGACUUACAGGCAGCAUCU